CCAGUGUGCCCUGUCAUUCGUUUUGAGACGCCGCGUCGAUCGCAUUCGUCCAGGGUUCCACUGCCCCCGACCGAUCCCGCCGCCAGCCUCCAGAUAUGCGCGGACUAUAACGGCGCACCCAGCAAUUGAUAUCCGCUUGGCAUAUUCGACAAUCCCAUCGUCGCGUCACUAUGGCUAGCGUCCAGGUGCCGCCUGCUGUGCAGCAUGGCUCUGCCCUGCCCGCCGGCAUGACCCAACAACAGGUCCAGGAACUCUACCAGAAGUUCACGCAGAUGAAGAGACAAGGCGUCCCCAACUCCGACCCCGAAAUCAUCAAACUACAGCAGAUGCUCUCGACCAUCCACAGACAACAGGAGCUUCGCAAGCAUCAGCAACUACACUUCCAGCAGCAGCAGCAGCAGCAGCAGCAGCAACAACAACAACAACAACAACAACAACAACAACAACAACAACAACAGCAGCAGCAGCAGCAUAUGCAGAAUGGCGUUAACGGUGCCACCAAUGGUGUCCCGCCCAGUCGUCUUCCUCAACAGGCCCCUCUGCAGACGGGACAGCCCUUAUCGGCCAACGCCCUCGGCGCUUCUGCUCUACCACCUCCUUCAAAUGCCUCGGCGCCAAAUUCAGCCGGCGCAUCCUCUACCCAGGGUCAUGGUCCAAGCCAGUUCACACCGCAACAGCUAACUCUCCUGCGGUCCCAAAUACAGGCCUUCAAAAUGCUUGGCAAGAAUGCCGGCGUGCCUCUGCAGAUGCAAAAGGCCAUCUACGAAAGCCGGGCCCGACGCCAUGCCUCGUUGACUGAACACGCCGCCCAGGUCUCUGCUGCGAAUGCAUCAGCUGCAACGCCGGCCCAAGAUGCGUCCAAGCCUGACGCCAAUGGUACUGCCGAUGGUGAAGUCGCGCCAAACCCUAAAGCAACCAAGAACUUUAAGACAGUUAAGUCCCCUUACGAUGGCAGCCUCGUGCGCAAGAAUAUCAACUACAUGGAUCAUGGCCGGCGCAAGAACCGUUUAAUUAUACCCGGCAUAUUCCCUACUGGCAUCGAUUUUGAUCAACUUCGGAAUGAUCGAGAGAAAAUCGUGUUCAACCGCAUGAGCGCCAGAUACUCGGAACUGAAAAGUCUUCCUGGUAAUUUGGCUCACUGGGACACGACAAAGGAUGCUCUUGUGGCCGACGAUACGGCGAAGCGGAAGGCCAUCAUCGAGAUGAAGUCGCUGGCCCUCUACUCCAAGCAGCGGGCUUUGAGGGACAAGAUUGGGAAGCAGAUGAUGCAUUACGACAACCUCGCCAUGACGACAAACCGGUCACAAUAUCGCCGGAUGAAGAAGCAGAGUGUGAAGGAGGCUCGCAUCACUGAAAAGCUCGAAAAGCAACAGCGCGAUGCACGCGAAAGCCGAGAGCGCAAGAAGCACGUCGAUUUCUUGCAGGCUGUUCAUUCCCACAAAGUUGAAAUUCUUAACUCGAGCCAGACUCGCCGCAACAAGAUGGAGAAGAUGGGCCGCCUCAUGUAUGCUCACCACUUCAAUAUCGAGAAGGAGGAGCAGAAGAGGGUUGAGAAGACAGCGAAACAACGUCUCCAGGCCUUGAAAGCCAACGAUGAAGAGGCUUACCUUAAGCUGCUCGACCAAGCCAAGGAUACUCGUAUCACUCAUCUCCUUCGCCAGACUGAUGGCUUCCUGCAUCAACUUGCCUCUUCCGUCCGCGCACAACAGCGGCAGGCAGAAGAGAAGUAUGCAGAGGAGGGGACAGUGCUUCCAGAGGAGAGCGACAUUGAGGAGGAUGAGGGAGAAAGUGGCCGGAAGAUCGACUACUAUGCCGUUGCUCACAGGCACAAGGAAGAAGUUACCGGACAGGCUGACCUUCUCGUCGGAGGAACCCUCAAGGAGUAUCAGAUCAAGGGUUUGCAGUGGAUGAUUUCGCUCUACAACAACAACCUCAACGGUAUUCUAGCCGACGAAAUGGGCUUGGGCAAGACAAUUCAAACCAUUAGUCUGGUGACGUACCUGAUUGAGAGGAAACAGCAAAACGGGCCGUACUUGGUCAUAGUCCCGCUUAGUACCCUGACCAACUGGAAUCUCGAGUUCGACAAAUGGGCACCUGGUGUAUCCAAGAUCGUCUACAAGGGUCCUCCAAAUACCAGGAAGCUGCAACAGGAGAAGAUUCGCCAGGGCAAAUUCCAGGUUCUCCUCACAACUUACGAAUAUGUCAUCAAGGACCGACCGCUUCUGAGCAAGAUCAAGUGGUUCCACAUGAUCAUCGACGAGGGUCACCGUAUGAAAAACUCAAACUCCAAGUUGAGCUUCACCAUUCAGCAAUACUACAGCACCCGGUUCCGCCUCAUCCUCACUGGUACCCCUCUCCAGAACAAUCUGGCAGAACUGUGGGCCAUGCUCAACUUUGUCCUCCCCAACAUCUUCAAGUCGGCCAAGACUUUCGAUGACUGGUUCAACACGCCCUUUGCCAAUACCGGCGGCCAGGACAAGAUGGAGCUCACAGAAGAAGAACAAAUUCUCGUCAUUCGCCGUCUCCAUAAAGUGCUCCGCCCCUUCUUGCUGCGUCGUCUGAAGAAGGACGUCGAGAAGGACCUUCCCGACAAGACGGAGAAGGUCAUCAAGUGCAAUUUCUCGGCCCUGCAAUCACGUCUAUACAAGCAGAUGGUCACUCACCAAAAGAUUGCUGUUAGCGACGGCAAGGGCGGCAAGGCGGGAGCUCGUGGCUUGAGCAACAUGAUCAUGCAGCUGCGGAAGCUUUGCAAUCAUCCUUUCGUAUUCGACGAGGUGGAGAACCAGAUGAACCCGAUGAAUGUCAGCAACGAUGUUCUCUGGAGAACCUCGGGCAAGUUCGAGCUCUUGGACAGGAUCCUUCCAAAGUACCAGGCGACCGGUCAUCGCGUCUUGAUGUUUUUCCAGAUGACGGCCAUCAUGGAUAUCAUGGAAGACUUUCUUCGCUACCGCAACAUCCAGUACCUCCGUCUCGACGGCACCACCAAGUCUGAGGACCGCUCUGACCUUCUCAGAGAUUUCAACCGACCAGAUUCGCCCUAUUUUAUCUUCCUACUCUCCACCCGUGCAGGUGGUCUGGGUCUCAAUUUGCAGACGGCUGAUACUGUCAUCAUUUAUGAUUCCGACUGGAAUCCUCAUCAGGAUUUGCAGGCUCAGGAUCGUGCCCAUCGUAUCGGCCAGAAGAAUGAGGUGCGGAUUCUCCGCCUGAUCAGCUCUUCGUCAGUCGAAGAAAAGAUUCUAGAGCGUGCCAGAUUCAAGCUCGACAUGGAUGGCAAGGUCAUUCAGGCCGGUCGUUUCGACAACAAGUCGUCAGAAACAGAUCGAGAUGCCAUGCUCAGAACACUCUUAGAGACGGCUGAUAUGGCCGAGUCUGGUGAGCCGGAAGAGAUGGACGACGAAGAGCUGAACAUGAUCUUGGCCCGGAGUGAGAACGAGCUCGUAGUUUUCCAGAAAAUGGACGAGGAACGCAGUCGUGAUCCCGUCUAUGGAACACUCCCAGGCUGCAAGGGUGUACCGCGCCUUAUGGCUGAGAAUGAACUGCCCGAGAUUUAUCUUUCUGAAGGAAAUCCUGUCGAAGACGAGGCGGAGGUGAUCCUCGGCCGCGGAGCUCGCGAGCGCACCAAGGUGAAAUAUGACGACGGCCUCACCGAGGAGCAGUGGCUCAAUGCGGUUGAUGACGAGGAGGACACACCCGAGGCUGCUGCUGCGAGGAAGCAGGCGCGUAAAGACAGGAGGGAGAACAACAGGAUGAAGAGGGCUUCAGGUAUGGUUGCGUCUAUGGAGAAUUCACCGUCCGCCAGCCGCGCUAGUACCGAGGAUGUCGAGACACCGGUGAAGAAACGGGGCCGCAAGCCUGGCAGUAAGAACAUCGAGAAGCGAAAAGCAGAAGAAGGUGAAGACGAGCCACCGGCAAAGAAGCGUCGUGGCCCCCUUGGCCGGCCGAAAUCGGUUGCUGCGAACGGCGCAGGCAUGUCGGCCGAGGUCCGUGACAAGCUGCAGCGGAGCUUGAAGAAGAUCUAUGAGGGCUUGAUGAAUCUCGAGGUAGACGAUGAAGAGCCCGAGGAGAAACCCGAGGGCGAGAAGGAUGACGAAGACGGGCCGCCGAAACGCCUGGUCAUCGGGCCGUUUGUCAAACUGCCGCCAAAACGAGACUGGGGCGACUACUACCUUAUCAUCCAGAACCCCAUCUGCAUGAGCGACAUCCAGAAGAAAAUCAAGAAGGAAGAGUACCACAGCCUGGUGGCGAUGCGUAAAGACCUGGAGCUUUUGGUGAACAACUGCCGAACUUUCAAUGAGGAGAGUAGCGGAAUUUGCGUCGAUGCCAACACGAUACAGGCAUUCUUUAAGGCGCAAUUUGAAAGGGAGCUCGCAGAAAACGCCGACCUCCGCAGCCUAGAAGAAGGUUCGCCACCAAAGGACACAUCGGCUCCUCCCUCGACCAUGUCGGCCAUGUCGGCCACUCCUCAACCCACCCCUAGCGGGCCGACCAGGAUCAAGCUCGUGUCUAACUCAAACGGUGCCAGCCAAAUAAAUGGCGGAAGCAGCGGUGUACAGAGUGACGAGGACUGAAAAAGGACGAGAGGUGGUGGCGGUAAUUUGCUUGCCCGUUUUUAAUGUAUAUGUCUGCGCAACUGAUCCACAGCGGCGUUACAACGGGGUUGAGGGGUGAACUUGUCGCCUUCUUUUUUUUUCCUUCUAUUCUCC